GAUCGCAGGCGCCCGCAUCUCCUCCGCAGCGGUAGGUGGCGCUGUGGCCGGGUGCGGCCGCUAGCGCCGCGAGGCGCCUCUCUCUGGGCAGGGUAGGGAGUCGGCAGAGGGACCUCCGGCGGGCCCUUUUUGGCCGCUCUCUGGCCUCUUCUCCCUCGGCGUUUGUGGGCUCAGUCCUGCACCAUGGGAAAGCGGGACAAUCGGGUGGCCUAUAUGAACCCAAUAGCAAUGGCCAGAUCAAGGGGUCCAAUCCAGUCUUCGGGGCCAACGAUCCAAGAUUAUCUGAAUCGACCAAGGCCUACCUGGGAAGAAGUGAAAGAACAAUUAGAAAAGAAAAAGAAAGGCUCCAAAGCAUUGGCUGAAUUUGAAGAAAAAAUGAAUGAGAACUGGAAGAAAGAACUAGAAAAACACAGGGAGAAGUUACUAAGUGGAAGUGAGAGCUCAUCCAAAAAAAGACAGAGAAAGAAAAAAGAAAAGAAGAAAUCUGGUAGGUAUUCAUCUUCUUCUUCAUCAAGCUCUGAUUCUUCCAGCAGUUCUUCAGAUUCUGAAGAUGAGGACAAAAAACAAGGAAAAAGGAAAAAGAAAAAGAAGAACCGUUCACAUAAAUCUUCUGAAAGCUCCAUGUCAGAAACUGAAUCGGACAGUAAGGAUAGUUUAAAAAAGAAAAAAAGGUCAAAGGAUGCAACUGAGAAGGAAAAGGACAUUAAAGGACAGAGCAAAAAGAGAAAGAUAUAUUCUGAAGAUAAACCUUUAUCAUCUGAGUCCUUAUCAGAAUCAGAUCAUAUUGAGGAGGUACGAGCCAAAAAGAAGAAAAGCAGUGAAGAACGAGAAAAAGUAAUAGAAAAAACAAAAAAGAAAAAGAAGCAUAAGAAACACAGUAAGAAGAAGAAAAAGAAGGCUGCUAGUUCAAGUCCUGACUUGCCAUAACAUUAAGAAAAAUCAGGAUUCCCUUAUAAAGAAAGUGCAAUGUCUAAGGAAAUUUCAACUGUGAAAAUUAUGACAUAAUUACUAAAAUGCAUGAAUUUUCUUGUUUUUAGAAUUAUUCCUGGACUAUUCAGUAGCCACUCGGAUGCCGCUGUGUGAAAGGGCCAUAAUUGUUGCCUGCUGCUUGAACAUCUGUUUUUUUCUCUUCCAGUGCUUAACAACUCUGGGAGAUAAUGCACUGCAGUUGUGCUAGUGGUUAAGAUAUUUGGGGAUAAAGUUAAUAUUUUGACUAGAAGUAUCUAAUGAUAAAUCAACAGAAAUCAAAUCUGGAUACAUCAUUAAGAUGUAAUUAGCAAUUACCAGAUGAUUCUAGUUAACAUUUUUGGAAUAGGCAUUACAUUGAUAUUUCAAAAUCCUUACUCUGUAGAUAAGUGUAUUUUAAUUUUUUCCCCAAUAUACUUUUAUUUACCUGGGGAAGGAGCUUUUCGGUUGGUGGGGGUGGUUUGCUAUCUCUUUAGCUAGCAGAAUAGCGUGCCUUUUAUCUUCACACAUCCUAUUUUUGUGGACAUAGUAGCCAUGCUUCAUGGGGAGGUCAGAGCUGGGUAUAGCAGUCUUGCCCCUAGAUAGCCUUGGACUCUGUUGUUUGCUGCUUUAAGUGAACCAGAGAAACAGCCCUUUGCAGCAUGACAGAGCCCCAGAAGCUCUGGGAUUCACCUCCACUUCAAUAAUACUGAAUGUUUUUUAGCAUUAGAAUGUGUUAUAACAUUUGAAUUAAUUUUGACUAUACUUUGGCUUUGGAGAAGAAUCAUUUCAAAUAGACACUGGUACUUUUUGAACUUGAUCGCUAAAGAUUUAAAAUGCAUGUUUUAUACUGUUAAGUUUUAACCAGUCAGGAAAAUUUUAUGUAACCAGUAAUAGUUAUUUUAUUUUUGUAUGAAUUUUGUUUAGGCUGCAAUGUUUAGCUUUUAUUAACUCCUUAUUCUUGCUUAUUAAAUUCCUUAUUGUGUUUAAUGGCAUACUUGCCAAAAUACUUAUACUUAGCAUGUAAACAAAGCAGGCUUUUGAUUUUUUUUUUUUUUUUUUUUUUUUUUAAAAACAGCUUCAUAUUGAAGCUUGAGACUUACUAUAAACAAGUUGAGUGGCAGGCCUGGUAUGCUGUGUCUUGUUACAUAAAGCUAUUGCCAGAAUCUUAGUAAAUAUAACAUUUUAGAAAUUUGUCUUUGUAUAUUCAUAACAAAUUAUGACAAGUUAAGUGAAAAUUACAUUAUUGCUCUUCCUGUGUCAUAUUUUACUAAGAUUUUGUGCCUCAUAUCUACUGCUGAAUUGUUUACUAGUAAUGUUAAAAAGAAUUGAUAAAUCAUUUUCACUUUACAUUUUUAUAUAAUCAGGUAACAUGAAAAAUAAUUUGAUGUACAAUUUUGCCUGUUACAGAGGGUGUGCUAAUUAUAGUGGUAUAUGCACAAAACAUUUUGGCAUGACAAGAGGCUGAAUAAAUAGCUAUUUUACUUAAAAAUAGCUGCGUUCGUACCAACUCCCUUUGAGUCCCAACUAAAGUUCCAAAGAUCAAGAAGCACUACUGGGUGAUAAGCGGAUAAGACAUGUCCCCAAAUUUUUAGCUGUAAAAAUAAUAUAUUUCUUGGUAAGCUUCCUUAAAUUUUAUGCUUAAAACUUCAUACUCUUUUUCCUAAUAAAAGAAAUCUAUAUGCUCUUGA